AUUCUAAGAAAGGAAAACAUCUGAUUGAGGUUGACUUACAGUUCAGAGUUUUUCCAUUAAAAUAAUGGUAGAAAACCUAGCAGUGUGUAGGUAGUCAGGAUGAUGAUGCUAGAGAAGGAGCAGAGAUUUCUUCAUUUUGAUCCACUGGCAGAAGAAGGCAGACUGUGUUUCACACUGUUAAUAGCUUGAGUUAACAGACUACAAAGUGUGCCUCCACAGUGACACACUUCCUCCAAUAAGGCCACACCUACUCCAAUGAGGCCAUAUCUCCUAUUAGUGAUAUUCCCUAUGUGCCAUGUAAUUAAACACAAGAGUCUAUGUGGACCAUAACUAUUCAAAAAACCACAGUCUUUUACACUCAUCAUUUCAAAAUGACUCUAUUGUGUACAACACAUACAAAUCUACUCAACUCAUGAAAGAAAUCCAUGGCAGACCAAACAGUAAUUGCACCAAAGCACAACUCUGUGAAUCUAUAGAUUUACUCUGUUACUGAUAGCAUGUGGAUUAGGGGUUACUCACAGAAGCAAGGGUGACUCAAACCUCACUUAAAGCACACCCCAAUAUGAGUGAUUAUCAUGAAGCCAAAACCCUGGAGCUCAGUGCACAACUUACGGGCAGCCCAACAGGUCUUAGACAUUAGCACUCAGAGCUCAGCUGGUCCAGGGUCUUACUCUUUCUAUAGAGCUGGGAAGGGCCACUGAUGAAUCUUGAAUGUUUCACCUUUCCACAACAGAGAAAGUUUGUUUACUUUCUGAAUCUCCUGAAAAUUUCAGCCUCUUACAUUGAAGCAGGGAUGUUUCAAUUCAGAGAAAAGUGUUAUACAAAGGACCCCAAAGAAGAGAAAAUUGGAGUCUCAGCUCUCAGGGAUGAAGGAGCAUCAUUAAAUAUUUUCUCUGUGCAUUCCUCUGCAGGAUAUCAUGAAAAGCCUUCACUCUCUGCCUGGCCAAGCCAUAUUGUUCCUUUGGGACAGCAUGUGGAACUUCGAUGUGACUCUCAUAGUAACUAUUACAAAUUCAAGUUGUACAAAGAACAUGGUAAUCCUAUCCCUCAGAUCCAGGGAAGACCAUUCCAGAAGAAAAUUGUCUUGGAUUCUGUGACAUCAGCACAUGCAGGGACAUACAGAUGCUAUGGUUUGAAUUUUCAUUACCCUAUUAAAAUUUCAGACAAAAGUGACCCUGUGGAGAUCAUAAUUUCAGGAAUCUACAAGAAGCCUUUCCUCUUGGCCUUACAACCUCCCCUAGUGAAUUUAGGAGAGAAGGUGACACUGGAGUGUCGAUCAGAGAUUAUGUUUGAAACCUUCAUUUUGACUUCACACAAAAAUGGAACAAUCAAGGACUCUUUCAAGCUUUCUGCAGAACAUCAUCGUUGGGAUUCCCAGGCCAACUUUUCAAUUGCUCCUGUGACACCUGACCAUGCUGGAACUUACAAAUGCUAUGGUUCUUACAAUCACUCACCAUAUGAGUGGUCAGACUCUAGUGACCCCAUUGAUAUAAAGAUCACAGGUUUAUACAAGAAACCUUCCCUGUCAGCCCAGAUGGGCCCUAUGGUGAUGUCAGGAGAGAACAUGACCUUGUCCUGUGCUUCUGACCUUCAGUUUGACAUGUUCCAUUUGUCCAGGGAAGGGGUACCUGAGGGAUAUGGUCUGCCUGCAGUGCAGAACCAAAAUGAGACAUUCCAGGCGGAUUUCAUUCUUGGUCCUGUGGUCCCAGGAGGGAACUAUAGAUGCUAUGGAUCUUUCAGGAACUCUUCCCAUGUGUGGUCCACUCCAAGCGACCCCUUGCAUCUUCUUGUCACUGGUUUAUACAAGAAACCUUUUCUGUCAGCUCUGAUGGGUCCUGUGGUGAUGUCAGGAGAGAACAUGACCUUGUCCUGUGUCUCUGAUCUUCAGUUUGACAUGUUCCAUCUGUCCAGGGAAGGGGUACCCAAGGAACAUGGGCUGCCUUCAGUGAAGAGCCACAAUGGAACAUUCCAAGCCAACUUCCAUCUUGGUCCUGUGGUCCAGGCAGGGAACUAUAGAUGCUAUGGCUCUUUCAGGAAUUCUUCCUAUUUGUGGUCAACCCCAAGUGACCCCUUGUACCUUCCUGUCACAGUUAACUCAACAAGAAACUGUACUUCUUGCACAGAACCAGACUCCAAAACUAAGAACCACAGAAACCUUCAUAUGCUGAUUGGACUGUCAGUGACCAUGAUCCUUGCCUUCCUCAUCAUCCUCCUUUAUUCUUGGUGCUCUGCCAAAAAGAGUAAGUCUCAGGAACAAGCCAGUGAAUGUCAUCUGAGUAGUGUGAGAAAACAAGACCAGAGAAAUAGAGCCAUCAUGGGUCAAGAGUCUGAAGUAAGAGCAACACUGAACAGACAGGACCCUGAAAGAGAAGAAGUGCAGGAGGUGACAUACUUAAAAUUUGAUCAGAUGAUCUUCAAACAAAAAUUGACCACUCCCGAAUCCCAGAUUCCCAAGGAAUUUUCCACAGAUCCCAGUUUAUACAUGGAAGUCAGGAAAUGUUAAACUGAGAUGAAAGAUGGUCAUCCCAUGAAUUCUCAAAGAAAGUUCUGAGGAAGACCACAGUCCCUUCUCCACUAAAGACCAAUAGAUGCAGUGAAACAAGAGCUGGAAUGUGAAGACAGAGGUCUCUAACUUAGGGACCAUGCUUCAUCAUUGUAAUAUGGUUCUGAAAGUGGCUUUCCUUUACUUACAAAGGUUAUGGUCCUUGCAACCCACUCAACAGAAAUCAAACUCUUUUCCUUAGUUCAUGGGUCUCUAUUUAAUUUCUCUCUGGCAGACCUCUAUAACCUGACUGGCUGUAAGUUCUUGAUGUACUUGAAGCUGUAACCAUGUGGAGUAUCUUACAAUUGCAGAUCAACAAGAGGCUCACUCUUUAUUAGUGUAUAUUACUAAUAUGUAAUCAUGUUAUACAACAUAAUGGGUUUCAAAACAAUUUCAUAUAUAUCAUAUUCACACUCAGUAACCCAAUCUUGUCUUUCUAACUCUGCUCUUAGAGUUAUCAUUCUGAAAGCCUACGGUUAACAUUGGGUUUUACCAUUUGCUGUACUGUAUACCCCAAUUGCUGUAUGUCAAAGUCUUCUCUAACCAGAACCAUCCUCAUAUUUUUUAAAUAUUUCAAUGUAUACAUCCCCAUUAUCGAAACAUUUUCUAAGGUGUGGUUGAAUAAGCACCUCAUUCUCUUCUUUUUCAAUUACUUUCCUGUUGAAAAGUUAGUUCCUCAGAAUUGGAACAUUGCCUUUUGGAAGAAAAAUAAUUAAGUCACAAGAACUAAACUAAACUUCAAAAGGCUCCGGAAGAUUGUGAAAUAUACAGAAUGCAGAAGGGUCCUCCCUAAUUUCAUAUGAGUAAUAACAAAAGUUGAGGAGAUCCUCCAGUUAACCAAGCUGCACAAUAUGCAGGGAUGCAGGUUUCCUUUAUCUUCACCCACACUGACAUUGGUUUUUGGGGGUGCACCAAAUUUUGUGUCACCCAUGUUCCCAUAAGUAUCUCUUCAUACAUUGGGAUGGCUAAUGUCACAUUGACGGCUAACUAUGUGUUUAAAAGUUUAAAAUUUCUGUGAUUAAGAUAACUAGAUAUUGGGGUUGGGGAUUUAGCUCAGUGGUAGAGCACUUGCCUAGCAAGCUCAAGCCCUGUGUUCAAUCCUCAGCUCUGGAAAAAAAAAAGGUAACUACAUAUCAAAAUUGAAUUUGCAAAUGUUAAAGUCUACUUAGUGAUUAUUUUUGUCAUUACCUGGUAUUAUAUAAAUUUAAUAAUUCUUUUUCUGUUUCUGCAAAUAAAAGCUUGUUUUGUACCAGAUGA